CCACCGGAGUUCAUAAAAGUUUAGUCCGAGCCACGGUGUGAGAAUACUUGGAGGAAAUAUCAAGGACUGCUGUGUGUCCAUUCAACUUUGAUUGGUUUAUUCGAGUGUUGGAGAUUAACAGCAGCUUCAAUCAAGAGGGCUGAAAAAAAGAAGAUUUAUUCACAGGAUAAUAAUCACUGAUAAUUGCAGAAUUAUGUCAACUCACAAGCGGAUCCUGAGAACCCUGGGAAAUGGCCCUGCUCGACGAAACCUGUUCGGCCCAGUCGACCGAGAGCAGCUUCAGGCGGACUACCAGGCCAUCCUGCGGAAAGACCUGGAGGAGGCUUCGACUCGUUGGGGUUUCGACUUCCGCUUGGACAAACCUCUGGAGAGCAGCGAGUUCCAGUGGGAGGGAAUCCCUAGUGCCAAGGUGCCACUGCUCUACAGAUCCUGUAUGUUCGGUCUGGGGCAGGAGAAAGACCAGAGGGUGACCGAGGCAGCAGUUACGCCCAAGAGAAGAAGGGUGGAGCCGCCACCACGGAGGGAGAAGGAGAACAUCCCAUGUUCGCCAGAGAGAUGUGAACUCGACCUGGAGAAAACACCAGAGAAGGGAGAGAACACAGGGCUGAAGAGGAAGCAGACAAACAUUACAGAUUUCUAUCAGGCUAAAAGAAGAGUAGUUUGGAUGCCGCGCAAAUCCGGCGAGUGAUUUUCAUCCAGUUUACUUGCAAAAUGUGCCAAUAUCCCAAAAGAACCACACAAACAGUACUACACUCAGGAAGACUACGCUCUGCACAGACUCGGCACAAUCACUGAUCGGGGGUACCCAGCGAAUCACCUGACAUCAGAAGGGACGUCCGCUACACAUCAUUACUACCAGGUUUUAUUAGGGUACUGUACUCGCUCUGAAGGGGUUUGGUGUUUUUUGGAGGGGACAUUCGAGCGGAGAAGAUUAACGGUCAAUCUCUCAGAAUCGGUGGAUUUCUACUCAUUUGGCUCAUGGGGGAUGCCAAAGUGUCUGCGACUGACAUCUCCCACUGUACAUUCCACAGUGCUGAAGCUCUGUACGUCUUUCAGUACGGAGGUGCGACGGAUAAACACAAAACUGUGUACACUUGAAACAGAUGUUGGUUAAAAUCAUUCUGUCUUGCGAUGAAAUUGAAGUUGUGGCUGUGACAAAAAAAGCAACAAAAAAAAAACUGCAGAAUGAUUGAAAAAAAAGUAUGGAUGAGGCUCCACUAUUGUUUUCUACAAUGUUAUUUCUUAAUGUCGAUCAUGAGGGCUAGGAGUUUGUUUUUUUUUACAAAGCAUUUAUUAUACGUUUUAUAUCCA